AUGGCGUCUCCUAAGGUUGCUCCAACGUCCCCUAGUUUUGCUCCGUCAUCUCCUGUGGUUGCUCUGACGUCUCCUGAGGAUGCUUCGUCAUCUCCCGAGACUGCUCCGUCGUCAGAACCAAUUGUUUUAUCCUCUCAGCCUCCUCCUCUUAAUUAA